GUGUGUGGGAAGGCAUUUUCAUGGUCAUCUGCUCUUAAAAAACACCAGAGAACACACACAGGAGAGAAACCCUUCAAGUGUACUCUGUGCGGCAAGGCGUUUUCAAAUUCAUGUCAUCUUGUAACACACCAGAGAACACACACGGGAAAGAAACCCUUCAAGUGCAGUGUGUGCGUGAAGGCAUUUGCACAUUCAUCUGCGCUUGUAAAACACCAGAGAACACACACGGGAGAGAAACCCUUCAGGUGCACAAUGUGCGGGAUGGCGUUUACACAGUCAUAUAAUCUCGUAAUACACCAGAGACACACGGGAGAGAAACCCUUCAAGUGCAGUGUGUGUGGGAAGGCAUUUUCAUGGUCAUCUGCUCUUAAAAAACACCAGAGAACACACACAGGAGAGAAACCCUUCAAGUGUACUCUGUGCGGCAAGGCGUUUUCAAUUCAUGUCAUCGUAACACACCAGAGAACACACACGGGAAAGAAACCCUUCAAGUGCAGUGUGUGCGUGAAGGCAUUUGCACAUUCAUCUGCGCUUGUAAAACACCAGAGAACACACACGGGAGAGAAACCCUUCAGGUGCACAAUGUGCGGGAUGGCGUUUACACAGUCAUAUAAUCUCGUAAUACACCAGAGAACACACACGGGAGAGAAACCCUUCAAGUGCAGUGUUUGUGGGAAGGCGUUUUCAUGGUCAUCUACUCUUAAAACACACCAGAGAACACACACGGGAGAGAAACCUUUCAGGUGCACUCUGUGCGGGAAGGCGUUUGCACGUUCAUCAAAUCUUGAAGUACACCAGAGAACACACACAGGAGAGAAACCCUUCAAGUGCAGUGUGUGCGGGAAGGCAUUUGCACGUUCAUCAACUCUUCAAACCCACCAGAGAACACACACGGGAGAGAAACCCUUCAGGUGCACUGUGUGUGGGAAGGCAUUUUCACAGUCAUCUGCUCUUAAAACACACCAGAGAACACACACGGGAGAAAAACCCUUCAAGUGUAGUGUGUGUGGGAAGGCAUUUUCAGAUUCAUCUACUCUUCACAGACACCAGAGAACACACACGGGAGAGAAACCCUUCAAGUGCAGUGUGUGUGGGAAGGCAUUUUCAGAUUCAUCUCAUCUUCAAAGACACCAGAGAACACACACGGGCGAGAAACCCUUCAAGUGCAGUGUGUGUGGGAAGACUUUUUCAGUUUCAUCUGCUCUUAAAACACACCAGAGAACACACACGGGAGAGAAACCCUUCAAGUGCAGUGUGUCUGGGAAGGCAUUUGCAAAUUCAUCAAAUCUUCAAGUACACCAGAGA